AUGGCGACCGUUCCAGUAAACCCUAAGCCGUUCCUAAACGAUCUCACGGGGAAGCAAGUCAUCGUAAAAUUGAAAUGGGGCAUGGAGUACAAAGGGUAUCUCAUGUCAGUCGACGCCUAUAUGAACCUCCAGCUAGCGAGCACGGAAGAGUACAUCGACGGUCAGUUCAUGGGAAGCCUUGGUGAAGUGCUCAUCAGAUGCAACAACGUGCUCCAGGAAGGAGAUAGACGCCUAACAGGCACAAAAAACACAGCUGUGCAAGGUGCGUUGCGGAUCCUUGCAUCGUUAUCUGUUGGCCAAACCUUCCUGACACUUCGAUAUGCUGAAAUCGUUCCUGCAAGGUAG